UGUAUUUGUAGUGAAAUGAGACCUGCGUACGGACGACAAACGUGCGACUGCUGCGGAAAUCUUGGAAAAGCGGAAUUCGUAAAAAUCAUAGAAUUUAAAGAUGCUGGUAUUGCUCUUUACCGAUAUUGGCCACAAACGGAGGAUGGAGCACAAAUUGGCACUGAAACUGGAGAAGUACUUAUUCUUCGAAACAUUCGAGAUGUUGACCUGAAAAUAGAAGAAUUGACUGCGAAAGCAGGGAAGAAAACAAUUAGUUGCCCGCGGUGUAUAAAAAUGAUUGAACGUGCAAAAAGUUUAUUUACGGAUCUUCCGCCCGCUAAAAUUCGAGAAGUUGCAGGCAUCUGCGACCACUGCUAUCAAAAAGAAUUAUUUCCCUGUCCCUGUUGCGACAAAGUCGUUAAUAAAUUUUUAAAGUUUAGUUUAGAAGAGAAACGUAAAACACAAGAGUAUAGGCAACUAUAUAAGUCGUGGCUUUCUAAAAGUCAACAAUCACUUAAAAAAUCUGUGACAAAUAUCAAAGAUGGUAAGCUAGAACCUCAAGCGCCUUUGUCCAGAUAUAUUCCCACUAUGACGCCACAACAUAAGCAUAUAGAGGAAAAACCGACAAGAGUCCUUUCUUUUCUUGACUUUUCCGAAGAAGAAAAACUAAGAGUCAAAGUUGAAAGUGAACUUGACAGGGAAAAAAAGAAAAGUCUAGCGGAAGAAAACGAGGCGAAGGCAUUAAAAUCAGUAUCGUUCGACGAUUUUUCUAAAACAGAUUUGGAACCUACCCUAAUUAAGGUAAACGACAUUAAAGUUAUAUCACCGACUGAAAAAGAUAAACCAUCUACACCAAUAAUGGACGAACAUAUCAAAGCCCAACCAACAAUGGAACAAGAUAUCAAAACUACAACAGUGAUGCAACAAAUGAUCAGACCUAAACUAGAGAUUGAAAAAUACAGAAAACCAACACCAUUGACUAAAAAAUAUACCAAACACCAAUCAUUGGUGGAAAAAGAAUUCAAACUUAAAUCCAUAAUGAAGAAAGGGUCCGUUAAAAAACCACCUCAUGAUGUUUUUCUGAAAGAUGACACAACGCCCCGGGGAAAAAGGAAACUACAAAGUUCUCCUACGACAAUAACGUCUUUUGAAACAAUUAUAAAGACCAUGAGUGAACCAAAUGUCAGUAACUUUCGUUAUACUUUUCCUCGUGACAAAAUUGUAACCACGGAUCAAUUGAAGGGUCAUGUUAGUUCUUCAGAACUAAUUCGAAUUACGCAAGACAUGAUUGAUGAACGAAAAGAGACGGAAAGAAAGAAAAAGGAAGAAACGAGAAGAAAACGGGGAGAAAAAAAGGAACAAAAAACUGCAGAAAAGACAAAUCUAUUAAAGGAAGAAAGUGAACAACGAGAGGAAGGGAGGCUAUUAGAGGAGGAAAGAAAAAAACAUGAGGAAGUGGGGGUUAUUAAAUCCGAGGAAAGAAUAGGCAAAUUGUCAGAUCAAUUAGCACAACAAGAAAUAUAUGCACAAGAGAAAAUUAAGAAAAGGCAGGAAAAGCAACAUGAUACUGAAGCAACGACAGCUUUAAAAGAAGUGGCUAAACAAGCGAAAGAAGGAGAGGAAUUGGGAAACCAACAUGAGAAAGUCUUAGCACUAUUAGGAAAAAGGGCAAAAAAAGUCGAAAAACAAUUAACUACAGAAGAAUUAAAAAUAGAUAAAAAAAUACAACAUCCAGAAGCAAAAUCUGGGGAAGACGAAGAUAUAAUCGGAAAAGGCCCAAAAGAGAAAAAAAAAUAUCAAGGACAAGAGAAAAGUAAGCAAAGGGACGAAAUGCAAAGUCAUGCUAAAGCAACGACAGCUUUAAAAGAAGUGGCUAAACAAGCAAAAGAAGGAGAGGAAUUGGGAAACCAACAUGAGAAAGUCUUAGCAUUAUUAGGAAAAAGGGCAAAAAAAGUGGAAAAACAAUUAACUACAGAAGAACUAAAAAUAGAUAAAAAAAUACAACAUCCAGAAGCAAAAUCUGGGGAAGACGAAGAUAUAAUCGGAAAAGGCCCAAAAGAGAAAAAAAUUGAUCAAGGACAAGAGAAAAGUAAGCAAAGGGGCGAAAUGCAAAGUCAUGCUAAAGCAACGACAGCUUUGAAAGAACAAAUGGCUAAACAAGCGAAAGAUAAAUCAGAAGAAGAAAAAUUGAGAAAGCAACAAGACAAAGACGAAGCAUUGAAAGAAAAAAAGGCAAAAGAAGCCGAUAAUCAAUUAACUACAGAAAAACUAACAAUAGAUAAGAAAACAGAACAUCCACAAGCAAAAUCUGGUGAAGACGAAGAUACAAUCGGAAAAGCCCAAAAAGAGAAAAAAUAUGAUCAAGGACAAGAGAAAAGUAAGCAAAGGGACGAAAUGCAAAGUAAUGCUAAAGCAACGACAGCUUUGAAGGAACAAAUGGCUAAACAAGCGAAAGAUAAAUCAGAAGAAGAAAAAUUGAGAAAGCAACAAGACAAAGACGAAGCAUUGAAAGAAAAAAAAGCAAAAGAAGCCCAUAAACAAUUAACUACAGAAAAACUAACAAUAGAUAAGAAAACAGAACAUCCACAAGCAAAAUCUGGUGAAGACGAAGAUAUAAUCGGAAAAGCCCAAAAAGAGAAAAAAAAUGAUCAAGGACAAGAGAAAAGUAAGCAAAGGGGCGAAAUGCAAAGUCAUGCUAAAGCAACGACAGCUUUGAAAGAACAAAUGGCUAAACAAGCGAAAGAUAAAUCAGAAGAAGAAAAAUUGAGAAAGCAACAAGAAAAAGACGAAGCACUGAAAGAAAAAAUAGCGAAACAAGCCGACAAAGUAUUUGAAAGCACACAAAAAGAAUUAAGUACAGGAAAAAAACAAGCUAAGCGACUAAGCGAAUUAAUGGUAGAUGAUAAAGAAACACGAAACACGAAAGACGGGAAAGCUAAAGCUGAACCUGUAAAAGCAACUGCUGACCAAAAAGCGAAAGGUCCGGACAUGGCAUUACUUUUGAGAGAACAGCUUGCUAAGCAAAAGCAGGAACAAUUAGAAAAAGAGAAAAUCCGAAAACAACAAGAAAAAGAAAGAGAACUAAUCGCUAAGAAACUCAAAGAAAUAGAAAUAGAAAAUGCAGCUAAAAAGGCUGCGAUAAAAGCGCCUGUACUUGAACCUGACCAUUCGGUGGAUGAAAUUAGUACUGACUUUACUAUGUUACCAAAUCAGGAUGAAGUGACAGAUAUUAUUAUAGGCCAGAAAAUAUUUAACGUUAAAUGUGCUAAGAAAACCGAAGACGACAAAACACCGAUCUUAGAAUUAGAACAAUCUCAGAAACAGGGGCAACAUUCAGAGCAAAUAACUGCUAAACAGGAACCUGAAUUGCAUAAACAUUCUGAACUAUCAUCAGAAGGACAAUAUGGAUUUACUAAGGGCCUAAAACCUGGGCCGCCAACGCUCAUGCAAUCCCAACAGAAGUCAUCGACGAAGGUCAGCGAGGAACCUAAUAAAGGUAUAAUAAAGUAUACUUUAUCCGAUCGCACGUUCAUCGAAAAGGGCUGGACUAUGCUGCCCACGGAGAAAGUAGUUAGAAAGAUGAACGUUUAUCGCAUGAGGCCAGCCAAGCCUGAGUUCGACUGGUUUGAGCACAAUAAAAACAAAGGAUUGCUGACAUACGACUCCGGUGAAAAGUUUGCAGAGUUUGACGAGAACGGGCGCGGUCGCUGGUACUACAGGACUGGCAGAUUAGCGCUGGAUUAUUACGACGCAGAAGAAACCAAUGCUGGCCAGAGAUUUGUUGUUUACAGCACCGGCCAACCCGAUGAGCGGGGCCGAUCGAGGCCGAGGACUCUUCUAGCAACCUUCGACUACUCAGGGAAUGGCAUCGUGUUUGACCAUACUGGCAAAAUACGGUUAAAGUAUAACCAGACCGAAGGAGUAGUUCUCGAUCGAACCAUAGGCCCCGUGUCUCAUUGGAAGUGGCACACCCUGAACGAUCCCCCAGUCCUGCAGCAAGUUAUGAUAGAUACCCAAAUGCCAUAUAAAGAUCCCACUAUCCUAGCAAUGGGUGACAAACAAGCAGACGCUAAGCGACCAGAUAAUGAGGAAAUGUUAGCCAUAGAGUUCGAAAACUUUCUGAAAGAGAAGCGUCAGAAGGUAACGCAAUCACAAUCAUUCAAGCCGUUUCAGAUUAAAAUGAAAGCAUUGAAAAUAAAUGAAAAUUUUUCUCUACGCGUCUUAGACCAAGCAUCGAUAUAUUUGUUGUUUAGAGACGGUACUACAAAUUUGAAACUGAAUAUUGGCAUGGUGUUGGAUCAUAAGGAGAUCGUGGACACAGAUACGGCGGAGAUAGGGGAAGUGUCGAAUACAUUGGACAAGUUGCCGGCAUGUACGGACAGCAUAGCAGGAUUGCAGAAGGCCGUGGCAAAGGUGCAAGCACAAGAGCGAUUGCGUGUGCGCCAUGAGUUACGGUUGAAACCUCCCCAGCCGUCCGCGAGCGCAGACGCGCUGCGUGCCGGCUGCUCGCGCCCAUUGCGCACACCCAUCGUGCAAGCUUCUUUAUCAUCACGUGAUAAAAUGACUCCUAAACGUUUUAAGCCGUCAUCGAGUUGCAAUUUGUAUUAUAGUACCCAACUUUUUUAAUU